ACCACGGCAGGGGUCGGCCUCCACUGACGUCAGAACGCCUCGCUUCUUACAGCGUCCCAGCUCCGGAGUCCCCCGCGGGCCGGGGCGGGGCGUGUGGCCAGCUGAGUUCCUCUGGCUGACCGCGCCAGUUUGAAUGAAAGCUCCGCAAGAUGGCGGCGGCCAGGGCUAAGGCUCGGAGCGGUGAGGCUGGAGCGCGGUGUCACCGGGCUCCAGGUACGCCGGGAAGGCCCAAGUCCAGGCGAACGACGAGACGCCGCUGCGUGGACACCCUGACGGCGCGACGCUCACGGCCGUCUGCGGGCAGGAGGCGCGCCGGCUCCAAGCGAGUGAGGUCCAGAGCUCCGCGGGCCGCGAUCCUUGGUGGCGAAUGUGCACGAGGUGCCUUAUUCAAGGCCUGGUGUGUGCCUUGCCUAGUUUCACUUGAUACUCUCCAGCAAUUAUGUAGAAAAGAAAAGCUCACAUGUAAAUCGAUUGGAAUCACCAAAAGGAAUCUAAGCAAUUAUGAGGUGGAGUACUUGUGUGACUACAAGGUAGUAAAGGGUGUGGAAUAUUAUCUUGUAAAAUGGAAAGGCUGGCCAGAAUCUACAAAUACCUGGGAGCCCUUGAGGAACCUCAGGUGCCCACAGCUCCUGCAGCAGUUCUCUGAUGACAAGAGCACUUAUUUAUCUCAGGAAAGGAAACGCAAGGGUGUCACUUCAAAAGACAAUAAGAAAUCCUUGCAACCUGCAGUUGCUGAGUAUAUUGUACAGAAAGCUAAGCAAAGAAUAGCUCUGCAGAGAUGGCAAGAUUACCUCAACAGAAGGAAGAACCACAAAGGGAUGAUAUUUGUUGAAAAUACUGUUGACCUGGAGGGCCCCCCUCCAGACUUCUACUACAUUAACGAGUACAGGCCAGCUCCUGGGAUCAACUUAAACAGUGAAGCUACCUUUGGUUGCUCGUGUACAAACUGCUUCUUUGAAAAGUGUUGUCCUGCGGAAGCUGGAGUUGUUUUGGCUUAUAAUAAGAACCAACAAAUUAAAAUCCAACCAGGCACUCCCAUCUAUGAGUGCAACUCAAGGUGUCGAUGUGGACCUGACUGUCCCAAUAGGAUUGUACAAAAAGGCACACAAUAUUCACUCUGCAUCUUUAGAACUAGCAAUGGCUGUGGCUGGGGUGUAAAAACCCUUGUGAAGAUUAAAAGAAUGAGUUUUGUCAUGGAAUAUGUUGGAGAGGUGAUCACAAGUGAAGAGGCCGAGAGACGGGGACAGUUCUAUGACAACAAAGGGAUCACCUACCUUUUUGAUCUGGACUAUGAGUCUGAUGAGUUCACGGUGGAUGCAGCUCGAUAUGGAAAUGUAUCUCACUUUGUGAAUCAUAGUUGUGACCCAAAUCUCCAGGUGUUUAGUGUUUUCAUCGAUAACCUUGAUACUCGGCUGCCUAGGAUAGCAUUGUUCUCUACAAGAACCAUCAAGGCUGGAGAAGAGCUGACUUUUGACUAUCAAAUGAAAGGUUCUGGAGAAUUCUCUUCAGACUCUAUUGAUCACAGCCCUGCCAAAAAAAGGGUCAGAACCCAAUGUAAAUGUGGAGCUGAGACUUGCAGAGGGUACCUCAACUGAAAUUUCAGGAAAUGGAGCUCAUGAUAUUUUUUUGUUUUGUUUUUCUUCUAACAACUGAAAAAGUAUUUGGGACUCCUUUCUAUUACCUAUGUAUUAUAUUAUAUGAUGUUGCCAAGUAUAUUACUGUUGAUUCUAAAAAAGACUGCAGGGCACAUGAACGGUAGAUAUUUGAUGGGUUCAUGGGAAGUGAACUACGUAUGUCACCAUUUGCUUACUUGGGAAGUCUGAACAGACAGUUGUCCCCGUUAGUGAUGGAAAAGCAAGGCAACCAGUUAUUAUGGAACCUUUAUCUUGACUCAAACAGAUAAUUCAAUUUAGGCAAAUGUAUAAAUUUUAUUUUUUUACUAGAUUGUUUCUGUUUAAUACUCAACUGAUCUUGUAUCAGAGACAAAUAAGUGAUGCUGAAUUUUUUUACUAUAUUUUCUACUUUUACAUUAAAACAUUGGCAUCUUAAUGAUAUAUUUCAGGUGUAAAAAAUGUGAAAGAUUUACUUUUAGCUUGAGCUUAUUUUGAAGGAAUAGAUACCAUUACAAAGGUUGUAUGUCUGAACCUGAAAUUCUUAAAAGAUGUUUUUAGUUGCAUAGAAGAGAAGUCUUUAAUCACCUCUAGAAGUCUAUAGUGGCUGGCCAUUGUGCUUCUGUGAACAGACAGAACAGUGACUAGAGAGCUCAUAGGAGGGCCAGGCAGAGCAAAGGAGUAUAGAGUGAACCACUCAGCACGUGUGAGGUCCCCACUGAGAUCCCUGAGGGGCACACAACCCCACGCAAUGUAACUGUCACUUCCAGGCAGUGCAAUUACUCUCCACUAAAUACUUUUGUAUUUUGUGCAUGCCCUUGAAAAGCAAGCUAUAUUUGAACAGAUAUUUGUUUUAUACAAGAAAUUUUUUUAGAUAGGAUAAAACUUAGCUUGGCCAGAGUUAUGUCUGAUUGAACUUUUAUUAACUUCCGGGGAUCAGAUGGGAUUUUUCCCUGUGUAGUAAAACCCAAAAAAGAAAAACCUUACUUUCAUCAUUCUGGGUCUGGGGGUUCUAAUCAUGGUGUCCACGGUGAAGACAAAACAAGUGCGGCAAAUAAUCCCAGCUUUUGGUCUCCUAAGGCUGUCCCAAGCUCACUGCUCCACGCUUUAAUAGACUGUAAUAGCUUAAGUAAAAUGAACUGAAUUCAAGUCCUCAGCAUCCAUGGCCUUUGUCUCCCUCCACUUUAACCUGUUGUGAGAGAAGCUGCAGUGUUAGUCAGAGUAUUGCCUCCACGGGCUGCUUGUCCACAAUACAUAGUGUACUGUGUUUGCAUGCUUGCGGCCUCAUGGGAUGUCUGCUACCCAAAAAAAUAUAAAAAGAAAAAAUAUAAUUUUAAAUGGCAUUUCUUUUGUUUUCUUUAAGAAUCAAUCUUAAAAGGAUUACAGGUCUGUUUUUCUACUCCACCAACCCCCAUGGCCAAGCUCACCUUGACUUAUUCUCGGAAAGAUUUAAAAAAAAAAAAAAAGAAACCAGUGUUUGACUGUCUAGAUAUUUUGGCCUUAUUUACUGUUUAGGUUAAAAGGAAACUUAGGAGGGCAAGAAGGAAAAAAAUAUGUUUAAUAAAUAUGUGUCUUUGUUUUGUGCUUAAUAGAAAUUUAAUGGGCCCUUAGAUUUUGUGGGGAAUGGAUAGGCCUUUAGACAGAGUAUCUUAUAGCUCAGGUUAGCCUUGAAUUUGCUGUAUAGGUGAGUAUUAUCUUGAACCCUUCGAUCUUUCUGCCUCUACCUCCCAGUGCUAGGAUUACAGGCAUGUGUCAUCAUGCCUGACUUGAGAUGUUUACCUUUAAACAAACACAUUUCAUUCUGAGUUCCAUACAUAUGAUAGACUUGGCUUUCCUUUACUAUCCCAUUACUCUGUCCUGCCUCUCACCAUCCCCCCAUCACUAUCCUGCCGUGGUCUCUUAGAGUCACCUCAUGUUAGCUGUUUAUACAUGGUGGGUGGGCGUGCGCGCACGGACACACACGGAGACACACACACACACACACACACACACACACACACACACGAGUGCUUCGUCGUUGCUGUGAUAAAAGUGAUCAAUUCAGCUGUAGUUUGAUUCCUCAAGUCACAUGUCCUAAGUAUAUGCUGUCUUUAGCAACACGUUCUUGGAAACUUAUGAGCGGAGGCUGUAGUGAUGUAGGAACGCUGCUUACUGCCAUGCUCCCAGACUCGUGCUCAGCUAGGUUUUCUAAGACAGCUCAGGCCUAUCUGCCUAGGAGUGGUCCUGCCCACAGUGAGGCAGACCCUGCUACAUCAAUUACAAUUAAGGAAAUACACACACACACGCUACAGGCCAAUUUGAUGGAACUAGUUCCUCAAAUGAGGUUACUUUUUCCCAGGUGACCCCAGGUUUUUCAAGUUGUAUAAGGUAUAUACAAUCAUUUUGCACUUGAUUCUUCUGUAAAGUAAAAGUGGCUAGCCUUUAGAAUUCUGGGAUGUAUCUUGGUAUUUUGAAAUGUUUUUAACCUUUGCUACUUUAGAACUCUUGAAGAAUGAAGUAGCCACUACAAUCAGUGCUACCUGUUUUAAUGCUAUAUGUAAAGAACUUUCCUUAUACAACCUGGUGCUGGAGCAUGGACUCUAAAUCCUGUGUGUGUGUGUGUGUGUGUGUGUGUGUGUGUGUGUGUAUGUGUGCCUGCUGUGUCGCUUACUAGCUAUGUGAACUAACCUGUGUGCCUUAGUUUCAUGCCUACCUCAAAGUAUGGCUUCACAGAUUAAAGCUUUAUAAGUGUGUUUUUAAUCACAGAAUAAACACCGUGUAUAAAGAUCUAUUGUUCUGUACUUGAAACAUAAGCUGAUGAUCAGGUAUAUUGAUCUAAAUCUACUCUAUUCUUAGCUCUUGACCUCUUCCAGCCAGUGUCCAUGCCAGACUUAAGACCUAUACCAUGAACAUCACAAUUAUAAAAUGUUACAAGUACACGCAGAACAAUGUUUACAGCCAUGUUCCGGAUGCUUACCUUGGAUCAUGAAAUAUCCUAUUAAAAAGUUGGACUGAGUGUGGUUCAGUAAAAUAAGAAUUAAGUUUUGAGUACUAGUGAAUAUAUACAAAUGGAGAGUUAUAUGUACAUAUAUUCUAAGUCCCACAUAUAUUCUACAUAUAUGCUAAGGUUGGUUCCAGUAAUUCUGGAUCUAAUUAUUGUAUAGCAGUUACAGUCUGUGAUAUUCAGUUUAACUGUCAAAUUGUAAAACUUCUUUUAAACUUCCUUUAUGUGGUGUGCCUACAUCUUUUCCCUUGAUCUGUAAAAUGUCAGCUAAAGUGCUUAUGAAAAUGUUUAUAAAGCUUUAUUAAUCCAUAUACAUCAAUACAAAAGCAUUGUACUCUAAGGCACUUUAACAAUUCACAGAACAUGUUAAGCAUUGAAGUAUCUUCCUUUACAUUCUAACUGUUGUGGCUCCAAUGGUGUCAUUGUAUUGGGAACAGUUUUAUGUCCUGAAACAACCUCUUGCUACGUUGUCCAGGCUUGACCUCCAACUCAAGUCCCUCUGGUCUCAGCUUCUAGAACGCAGCUUUGCCCAGCCUGCGGGUAGCUUUCAAGAUUUGUUUUAUGUAUGAGCCUUUUGCCUGUCUGUAUGCCUGCGCACCACAUGUGCAUGGAUCCUCUAAUGCAGUUACAGUUGUGAGCUGCCAUGUGGGUGAGGGGACAAACCUGGGUCCCUCACAACCACCAAGUGCUCUCAGCUGCCUAGCCAUCUCUCUAGCCCUGCCCCAGGUUUUUAUGUGACAGAGGUUAAUAAGGUUCUGGGUUCCCCCUUCUAUCAGUUGUCUAUAAUAAAUCCCACCUUUAUUCUUCUAGACUGCUUGUAUCUUGGUGGAGGAGUGGACCUUGUAUACUUGGGGAUGUAUUCUGCUGUGAAGUAAAAUACUCUUUAUCAGAUCCAA